GCCUUCACUCAUCAGACUCAAAUAACUAACAGAUAUACAAGCUCAAGGUUAAGCACUCGUGAUACUAGCAAAAAUGAAGGGAGCAAUCAUAACAAUUCUGAUUGUUGUAGCUUUUGUUCAACUAAUGGCAAUGCCAGGAGAGGCUGUGGAUUGUGGGCAAGUGAAUUCGGCUUUAGCCCCUUGCAUUCCCUUCCUGACUGGAGCAGACACCGCUCCAUCAGCUGCAUGUUGUGGUGGAGUCAAGAAUUUGAAGGCACUUGCUCCAACCACAGCCGACAGGCGAGCUGCCUGCGACUGUGCUAAGGCUGCUGCCUCUCACUAUCCAAAUAUAAAUGAAGAUUCUGCCUCUUCUCUCCCUAAAAAAUGUGGGGUUGAAGUGAACAUUCCCAUCUCCAAAAACAUCAACUGUCAGAACAUCAACUAAAAUGAAGCAGUGCAGUGGUGACACAGAGAAAUAAAGCUUUUGGAGCCUUGGGCUUCAACAUCUUUUUGUUAUUAAUUAUAUCUAAAUAAAUGGUGUCCGUGAACCCUGCUUGUUCACCUUUCUAUACUGAGGUUCUUGUAAUGAUAAAAGAAAACGUACAUUUGCUAUGACCUACUCUGAACUCUCCUUCCUUUUCAGUUUGUGUUUGCAUGCGAAACAGCAGAGAUGCAAGAAAUAAUAUCAUUUAUAUAUGAAUUUCUGUGUUUA